GCAGUAAAACAACCGGAAUCCGGAUGUUCCCAUCUUUUGCUUUUGUUAGAGCAUCGUCGCCGCAAGAAUCGCUACUAUCGUUCUGCUUUGGAGACAAAAACGUACAAACGCACAAAGAAUGUCCAGCUCUUCUAACUUGACCACUAUGAAAAAGGCGGUACAGCAGCUUCGCUUCGAGGCGAGCAUAAAUAGAGUGAAGGUUUCCCAGGCAGCUGUGGACCUGCAGCAGUUUUGCUUGCAGAAUGCCUUGCAGGACCCUCUGCUCACUGGAGUGUCCUCCAGCACCAACCCCUUCAGGCCGCAGAAAGUCUGCUCCUUUUUGUGAAAUUACCCUCUUCAUUGGCCUUCAUUUAAACGUUACAGGGAAGUUGACCUCAGCACUGCUCCUCAUGCCAAGCCAUUAUACUGCCACGGGAAGUGUAGAACACAUUGAAGUCGAAUCAGGAAAAUAAAUUAUUAGGAACAUUAGAG